AUCUCACCACCACCUCUACUCCUUCUUCCCCCUCCUCCUCCUCCUCUUCCUCCUUCCCGUUGUCACUCACGGCUGGAGAAGCACGUUUCAUCCACCGGCCUGGUUCCUCACCGACAAGACCAAUUUAAAAGCACACCAUGACUUCAGCGGACUUUCUCGCCCAGGAAAAGAUCUGGUUCGACAAACCUCGCUAUGACGAGGCAGAGAGACGCUUCUAUGAGGGCAUGAACGGCUCCCCGCAACCCACAAAGCAGGAUGCCGGUGCCAACAGCAUUCUGCAAGACAUCGCUCGAGCCCGGGAGAACAUUCAGAAAUCUCUAGCAGGGCUGAAGUCUACACUGUGUAGCAGAGGGUCUGGUCAACCUUCCCCGAGCCAACAGUCCCAGUUUCAGCAGCAGCAGCAGAGCAGCAGUGCAGCUGAUCAAGGGGAACUUGUCUCUCGAAUCAAGGGCCUGGAGCUGGAAAACCAGAGCUUAAAUAAAGUGGUUGAAAAUUUGAGAGCAGCACUCUCCAAACUGGAGCGUCGAGUAUCGAUCCUGGAGAAAUCUCCGGCGGCUGUAACCCCAGCUCCUGCUCCUUCAGUCCCCUACACAAAUGGCACAACCGUCCAGCAGAAGACCAGCGCCCCGGUGAAAAAGGUGGAAGAGGAGGAGGAUGAUGACGACGAUAUUGACUUGUUUGGAAGUGACGACGAAGACGAAGAGGCAGAGAAACUCAAAGAGCAGAGGUUGAAAGAGUACGCAGAGAGGAAGGCCAAGAAGCCCACCAUCAUCGCCAAGUCUUCCAUCUUAUUGGACGUCAAACCUUGGGAUGAUGAGACAGACAUGGUGAAGCUGGAAGAGUGUGUGCGCUCGGUGCAGGUUGACGGCCUGUUAUGGGGUAUGUCCAAACUGGUGCCAGUGGGUUACGGCAUCAAGAAACUCCAGAUCUCAUGUGUGGUGGAGGAUGACAAGGUGGGAACGGACCUGUUGGAGGAGGAAAUCACCAAGUUCGAAGACUAUAUCCAGAGUGUCGACGUUGCAGCUUUCAACAAGAUUUGAUUCCUGUGUCUCGUUCUGUCAUUUGUCAUGCCUUGUUUCUCUGCUGAUUGUGUCAACGGUUAAUAACAAUAAAACCCAACUCUUGCACUGAAA